CUCUCACCGUCAUCUUCAACCCCAACACCCGCGAGCUUACGCUCCCACUCUCAACGCUCUUGACGACGACACUACCGGAAGGCAGUGCCAAAUGGGCAACUGUGUAUCGCAGCAAGGCCGAGAAGACAAGGAGCGAAGUGAUGCUAUCGACAAGCAGAUAGAGGACGAUGCAAAACGCUUUAAGCGUGAAUGCAAAAUCCUUCUACUUGGUUCUGGCGAGUCAGGGAAAUCGACAGUCGUGAAGCAAAUGCGCAUUAUUCACAAAGACGGCUUCCCCGAUUCUGAACGGGCAACAUAUGCACCCAUCGUGUAUCGAAACGUUCUUGAUUCCGCUCAGGCGAUUAUUGUCAUGAUGAGGAAGCUCAAUAUCGACUGCGAAACCUACUCGAAUAGGCCUUUGGCUGACAAGAUUGUCGACUACAAACUCGACGAGAGCACUGCAUUUGUCCUCAGCCCUGAUAUUGCUGAAGCGAUACAUCAGUUCCGAAAGGAUCCUGUAGUCAACAAAAUCAUCGAUGAGCACGGGAGCGAAUUCUACCUCAUGGAUAGUGCAGACUACUUUUUCACCGAGGUUCUGAGAAUUGGCUCCCCGGACUACCUUCCCAACGAAACGGAUGUGUUGAGAGCACGACAGAAGAGCACAGGCAUUACCGAAACCCGUUUCUCUAUGGGCCAACUUUCAAUACACAUGUUCGACGUUGGCGGUCAACGUUCUGAACGUCGGAAGUGGAUCCACUGCUUUGAAUCAGUCACUAGCAUCAUCUUCUGUACCGCCUUGAGCGAGUACGACCAGGUCCUGCUCGAAGAAAAAAGUCAGAAUCGAAUGACCGAAUCACUCGUCCUCUUCGAAUCUAUCAUCAACUCGCGUUGGUUCCUUCGAACAUCAAUCAUCCUUUUCCUCAACAAGAUAGACGUCUUCAAGAAAAAAUUGCCAAAAGUACCACUGGAAAGAUAUUUCUCCGAGUACACUGGGGGCAACGAUAUCAACAAGGCUGCCAAGUACAUUCUAUGGAAAUUCAUGCAAGCAAAUAGGGCCAGGCUUAGUGUCUACCCACAUCUCACUCAAGCGACCGAUACGACGAACAUCAGAUUAGUGUUUGCAGCUGUCAAGGAAACGAUUUUGCAAAAUGCGUUGAAAGCUAGUGGAAUUCUGUGAUCGAAAUCUGGGCUCAGUUGGGCUGGGUCCGGGGGUUGAGAUGGGAUGUGUAUUUUCGCUCUGAUGGUGAUGGGGGGGCAAAGAUCCUUGGUUCGCGAGAGCACCUUGAGACGCUGUGCUCUCAAUUCCCCUACCAGUCUGCUGUCGUUUCUCACACAGCGACUACGACGCUUCCACGCGGCCAGGCACGACUCGCAAGCUGCAUUUGCGUCAUUUAGCACUGGACGGCAGCUAGCUAAGUAGUGGUUGGCGUGGGAGAGUUGAUACUCGUGAUAGGCAGGCAGACUAUUUCUCCGCUAUUUUUCCUUGAUGUCCUCCAGUGGUUAAAACCUUGGCACUGCGCUUUCCCCCUUCCUGCAGGCUCUCGUGGCCCCAUGUUAACCUUUUCCCUCAUCGAUUCUUCUCUCUUCACACGAUACCCAACGUCCUCCCUCCCUCGUUCGUUUUCUCCAAAUCAUUGUUUCAUUGUUUAUAUACCUCCUCCCUCAAAACAUUGCCAUCUCGUUCUCGUUGUUCCGUUUUGGUCCUGGAUCUCUCGGGUAUUCUCGCUCAUUCUACCUUGUCACUUUCAUGAUCAUUCAUGACUUUCUCUUAUUUCACAAAAGGAUAUCUACGGUUGUGCCACUACCUUUGGACUUUACGUGUAUGUAUAUUUAGUUAAUGAGAUUUGGGUUUCCUAGAGCUGCAUGUGUAUCUAGAGGUUUAUUACUUGUAAUUUGACAUGCGACACGCAUUCGUUGGCUGUCGA